AUGCUGUUUCUCCUCGCCUUCACCUCGACCUACGCUCGCUCGAACCACAGCGAAUGCAAUGACAUAAACGACUGUCGGCGUCUAUUCGACAUCGUCUGGGGCUGUCUUGUCACCAUUUUCUUAUGCAUAUGGGUCUCUGUGCACCCGAACAUACCUCCUCCAUGCCCGGAGCCGCCGGAUGGAACUGGCUUGCGAUUCCUAAAGUGGUGGCUGGUCGACGGUAAUCGACCGUUUCUGCAACGACUGAAGCUCAUGACGGUGGCCCUCAUUGCCCCUGAGUUCAUCCUCGGGUUUGCGGCAAGACAGCUCCAGAUGGCGCGAUUCUUGUCUCAGGCUCAAGGUUACGGUUUAUCUCUAACACAUGGAUUCUUCAUCGUCAUGGGCGGAUUCGUGGACGGCGACGGCCAUCCCGUUGUCACGCAACGGCAACUGCGAAGGAAUGGCGUUACCGAGGAAAUUCGGGCAGUCCACAAGUCGGACAUUGAAGACAAGAGCAAAGGGGACCUCUUAUCGAAAGGAAUUGCGCUUUGCCAAGGAUUGUGGUUCAUGGCCCAAUGCAUCGCACGCCGAGCACAACAUCUGCCUCUCACUGAGCUGGAGGUUGCUACGCUUGCAUUCACAACAAUCAGCGCGAUAACCUGGAUACUCUGGCUGCAAAAGCCUCUCGAUGUGCGAGGCCCUCUCAAGCUUUUAGUGAAAACAAAAUCUCGUUCUCAUCAUGUUGGAAACCCCUAUCCUGCCGGCCUGACCCGCAUCGAGCGGUUUGGUUUUUUGUUCUCGAAUUCAUACAACCGGCACGAGUACGACCCCUUUGCGAACACGUCUGUCCCGGCAUUCUGGGGCCUCGCGGAGUCUGACUUUGACAAACUCCCUCGCUGGUCGUCUUUUUCCACUAUCUUCGCUCAGUUCGCAUGCGCCAUACUGAUUGGUGGCAUCCAUUUGACCGCAUGGGGAGCAUUUUUUCCCUCCAUCGUGGAGAUGUGGUUAUGGCGUAGUUCGGCGCUGAUGCUCACCGUCUUGCCCAUUGUCUUUAUCGUCUUGUCAAUUCCUGGUGGUCGAUGGGCCACGCAUCUGCGUCUGGUCAUCAUUGGCAUUUAUUCAAUUGCACGAGGUAUUGUGUUAGUUUUAUCAUUAGCAACCCUGCGUCUUCUCCCUCCCGCUGCAUUUACGGAUAUCAAUUGGAGCAUCUACGUCCCCCACUUUUAG